CCGGCGCCGAGAGCGCUGCGUAGAGCAGCGCCCACUGGAGUGAAGUCGGAGCGCAGGAUCGCGCCGUCCCAGCCCGCCAGCGUCCACGCCGCUCCCGCACCCUUACCCCUGCCCGCCCUUGCCAGGCGCGACCGGCGGCCAUGCAGCCCCAGGGCUAAGGCGGCCCCAUGCGAAGCCCGCGUCCCCGCGGGCCGGGCAACGACGGCGCAUGGAGAACUUCCGUAAGGUGCGCUCGGAGGAGGCGCCGGUGGGGGGUGGGGCCGAGGGGGGCGGCCCGGGUUCCAGCCCCUUCGCGGACCUUGCGCCGGGCGCUGUGCACAUGCGAGUCAAAGAGGGCAGCAAGAUCCGGAACCUGCUGGCUUUCGCUACCGCCAGCAUGGCGCAGCCAGCCACGCGCGCCAUCGUCUUCAGCGGCUGCGGUCGGGCCACCACCAAAACCGUCACGUGCGCGGAGAUCCUCAAGCGCCGCCUGGCGGGCCUGCAUCAAGUCACGCGGCUGCGCUACCGGAGCGUGCGCGAAGUGUGGCAGAGCCUACCGCCGGGGCCCACACCGGGUCAGAAGCCUGGCGAGCCGGCCGCCAGUCUCAGUGUACUUAAGAACGUGCCCAGCCUCGCCAUCCUACUUUCCAAGGAUGCACUGGAUCCGUGCCAACCCGGUUACCAGCCCCCGAACUCCCAUCCUGGACCCUCGUCCCAGCCAACUGCACCGACGUCCAAGAGGAGCCUAGGGGAACCCGCGACUGGAGAAGGCUCUGCGAAGCGGUUACAGCCUGGGCCAAGCGCUGCGGAAGAGGAGCGGAUGGCCUGAGAGCUCGUGGGUCUGGGCCACGUAGACGCUCUGGAUCUCACCCCCGGCGCCUCGACCUUGAGACACAUCUCCAGCCUUUCACGCCUCGGUGCUCUGGACAUAGCUCCUCAGAUGGUCAGCAUGGACCCCAACGCAACAAGAGAGUGACCCCAGGGAAGCUUCAUUCCACCACUUGUGUUGCCUGAAGACGCAGAACUCCACCUUCAGCUUUUCUGAGCCAUACUGGAACCUUCUUCAGGGAGGGAGUGGUUGGCAGUAGGACUCUUGAGCCUUGCUCAGGACCCCCAAGGGUUAAAGGCAUCCAGUAUUCAUGAGGGGAGCACCCACCCCUCCAGUGUGUAACCGGAGGAGAGCUCCUGGAAUCACCUCCACUAUUGGCGGCUGAGGGCAAGGGGUGAGAAACAGACUGCUUGAAGGCAAGGGAGUCUGAGUUGGGGAGGGGGGUGUUCUAUUCUGCCCCUCACCCCGGGAGACCACUUCCUUUCUAGUUUUCCUUAUCAUGCUGUUGAGCAUCCUGAGAUCGUGGUGCAGGGACAGUCCCUUCCGCACUGGCCCAGAAGGAGAGACCCAGAACGCUCUUUGCCUUCUCCCGAGUCUCAGAGCUGGAGUCCUGCUUCCAGUAAAACACACAAAAAUGGCUCUGGCCCCAGGUUUCUUCCUUAGCACUUAACCUAUGUGGAAACUGCUUUGGCCUGCCCCCUUGUGUCUCAGUCCCCUCCAGCCUGGAGUCCUUGGCCUUUGGAAUCUUCAGGGUCAGGCACAGAGACCGGACAGCUUCCAACUGGAACCAGAGGCACAUUGCGCAGUCCCUGGCUUCUCCCUCUCCCAGCCUUCCCUGUCUGGCUCUGGCCUCAGGGGCUUGUGGCCAGAGGGGGCCUUUGUCCCCUGGUGCAUUACCACUGAGGGAAAGGGAGGAGCACAUUGCUUUUCUGGGAGGGAAGGAAGGCAUGCACCAAUGAACUCUCCUGGGGGUCACUGCCAAGGGAGGCACACCCCACUGGGCUCCCUAAACCUGCAGCCUCCUGCCAAUUGACAGCCGUAUCCAGAAAGCUGGCACAAAACCCCUCAUCAUCCAUAGGAUCUCCCCUUCACUGCUCUCUCUCUCUCAGAAAGGACAGCACACCCUUGGGAGAGGGGGAGGAGAGAGAUUGAGCACAAAUCCACUGCUGGAAAUUACUAUUCAGCAGAGAAGCUGGAACUUGGGCUGUGAAUCACUGCAGGCUCUCUGAUAAGCUGCAGCCUCCGGCCCUGCACAGCUGUCUGUUGAGAGAUAACAGCCUCAUAAGCCUCUUUGUCCAAGUCAGCUGGGGCUGGGGGUGGGGGAGGAGUGCUGUGUGCUAGAAGGACUCUAGCGGGUAAGGGUGGGGGGGAGCCAGGGGGGCACCUAGCCCCAGGAUCUCACCCUACCACGUGCAACUCAACAGCACCUCUGAAAGGAGAUGGGAAAGAAUGUAAGUCACUUUGCUAGCUGAACCCUGAAAUAAAUCCUUCCAGCGACAA